UUUUCCCAUCCCGCUUUGCGAGUCAAUGACCCAGUCGAAGAAGGCAAGAUGGCCGGCAGUGUGAGGAACACGGAAAAUCUUUUCGAACAGCAAGACAGAGAGAAACUUUCAGAGCUUAAUUUUUAUGGUUCAGGUGGAAUUAGGUUCAAGGGAAGUGAAAGCAUCGCACUUUCUCUUCUAAACAAGCUGAGACUCGAGGGAGAAGAAGGGGGUUUUUGCGACGUGACCCUGGAAGUAGAGGGAAGACAAUUGGCCACUCAUCGAUGUGUUUUGGCGGCAAGCAGCCAAUUUUUUUAUACCAUGUUUAACAGUGGUAUGAAAGAAUCAAACCAAACACUCCUUAAGUUGCAUUCAGUUAGUUUUGACUCCAUGUCGCUCAUUCUUGAUUAUUUUUACACGCGAGAGAUUGUUAUAAACGACGACAACGUGUUGGAGUUGCUCAACACUGCAAGCUUUCUUCUUGUCACUCCAGUGAAAAAGGCGUGCAUUCAGAUUCUGAACAAACAGCUUAGCAUUGAAAAUUGUUUCAGUAUUCUACAAGUAGCCGAACAGUUUGGCGCAAGUGAACUUGCGAAAAGGGCAAGCAACUCUAUUAAAGAGAACUUCUUCUCUGCGGUGAACAACGAAGAAUUUGUUUCCAUUUCAAAAAAGAGUCUGAUCAAUUUCAUAUCUAGUGAUGGAAUUCAAGUGGAAAGGGAGGAAGAGGUCUACCAAGCUGUACUGAAGUGGGUGAAGUAUGAUGAAGAAAGUCGUGUCUCAGAUUUACCUGAAUUACUAAUCCAUCUGAGAGGGAAGUCGUUGCCUAAAGGAUUCCUGAAAUCGGAGAUGUCGAAAGAGCCAAUACUUGCUACCUUCUCCAGUCUGUUAGGAUCUUCCAAGAGGAAGAUCAAAACAAAAUGGACAAAGAAGAAACGUGGAAAGCAAACAGGGGCAGAUGACAAACCACAAGCUGAGAGGACAAGACCAUCCACUGAACUGCAUAAUGUCAUGAUUGGGAUUAGUGCUGUGCUAUAUGGUUCCUGCAAGGUAUUCUGUUAUGAUUUGGACAAGGAAGAAACAUUUGUUUUAUCAGAUUAUCCUAAUAUGCAUGUUGGUCCAGAAUUGGCAGUUAUUGGACGGUCUCUGUACAUAAUAGGUGGGUGUAAAAUUUUCAAUGGUAGUCCCACGAGAUUAAGCACUCUGUGUCUCGAUGAGGUGAAGAAUCAGGAGAAGUCUUCUUUUAGCUUCAGUAUGCACCCACAAUGGGAGACUAAGACACCUUGUAAAGUGAGCAGAGCAAGGGCUUCCUUGGCACAACUUAAUGGGCUGCUGUAUUAUAUUGGUGGAUCGCUUGAAGAUGGCAGUUGCUGUAACACUGUGGAGUGUUACAAUCCAGAAAUGGAUGAUUGGGUGUUCUGUGCCAGCUUAAACACUUCUAGAUCUAGGUCAGGCUGCGUGACAGGGAAUGGUCACAUUUACAUCAUUGGUGGUGGAACCGCUCAUUUAUUGGAGAAUUCAGAUUUUUUUUCAAGUGUUGAGAGGUUUGUUUGAGUUAAAUAAGAAUUUUCUCACUUUUUUCUCAUCCAUGCCACUAGGCAAGCAAAUGGCAAGAUCUAAGCUCACUGCACAGAAAUCACUAGAUUGAUGCCAUUUUUAUCCAUAAAAAUUGUUUUGAGCUGCUUUAUUUGCCCAUUUCCUAUUUGGAGAAUUUCUCCACUUGAAUCUUAUGUUUGCUGUAAAGUUCAAGUUUAUGGUAGCAUAAACUGAUGUUAAUAAACCUGAGAUUAUUUCCUACGAAUGCAAACAUGUUGACAUACUAGCAACAACCAUAUCUCUGUUCUGUUGUCACACAAUGUUCAACAUUUGAAAGCUUUUUUACUAAGUAACUGUAGAUACUAGUCAAAAGUACGAGAAAGAACAAUGAACAGUAACUAGUUGUUUGAUUUCAAUGUAUCCUUCUCCUUUGGCAAAGUCCACUGUAACUUAGCAUGAUCUAUUUUCUUAACUCCACAAGGGUUCCAUCCAUGUUAUCACAUGCUGAUCACACACAUGUGCUCCUCUUUGUGCCAUACAAUGUCCUUUCCCAGCCAGUUUUCCUAGGGCUUUGGUCCAUUCACGACUGGGCCUCACCCUGGAGACUGAUAAGUACUCCUGCCAGGGUUGCUACCCCUGGUACCACUCGAUCUUGUCUCCCCCCAGGAGGGUUUCUCUCCUGGUCACCUUACCCCUAGAUUUAAGUGCUUCCCUUGCCACCAGAAUUUUGGGCAUUACUUUCUUAUGUGUUUUCUGUGUGGUAUCUGGCGUAGAAAAUUUAUGCAAACCCACUGCUAAUGGAAGAGUUUAGUAAUGUGAUUGUAAAUCUCCCUAAUGUUUCACUCAGCUCUGCCUUGGAGCUAAGUGAAACAUAACCCUAACAGCAGGUUAAACCCUAAUAGCUACUUAGGAAAUGACUUAAAGUCGGCUUUUUCUAAGUUGUCAAUGAGUAUUUUUGGAGAUGUGCAUAAUAUAAAAAAUAUUACAUAACGCACACAUGUUGUUGAUCAAAAUGUAAUUUAGCUUAAAGUACUUUCAAUGUAAGUUGUUUUAGAAUAUAAAAUAGUUCAACAAUUCUUGCAAAGUUCCUCAUCCAAUUAUCUUGAACCUGUGGUACUUUUAAAUACCUUUGUAGGUAUGAUCCAGAAAAGGAUACAUGGUCAUUUGUUGCCAGUAUGAAUCAAGCAAGGGUGCUGCCAAGCUCUGUAUUUUUGAAUGGCAAGAUCUAUGUGAUUGGGGGACGUACCUUCAGUGCAACUGGUAUAACCUCAACCCCUACGUGUGAAGUGUAUUCUCCUAAUACUGACGAGUGGCAUUUCAUUGCAAGUCUCCCUUACCCUGAUCCUGGGUGCAAUAACAUUAUUGUAGUAAAGAACCAGAUCAUAGUGCCUUUGAUGCCUGAUGUAACUUUUGACUUCUCCCAUGAUGCUGUUAAAUACAAUGUGCGGACUAAUACUUGGCGAAAGGUAGAGCAUUUUGGUCCAAGCAGCAAGCAGGCAUGUUUUACUCUCUGUACCACUAAGCUGCCUGCAAUGAUCCUGCAAAGGCUGCCCGAAGCACCGUUUUCAGACGAUGUGUUUGGAGAAGAUAGUGAAAAUGAUAUGGAAGAUGAUUCUUACAGAAGUGACAGCGAUGACAGUUUAAGUUUCUUUGGAUGGCAUGCAUUGCAUGGGUUUAUGGAUUGGGCCAAUGGUUCCAGUGAUGAUGAAGCCUACUGGUAA